UUUGCUUCUGCUACUAUAUAUAAGUUCUAGUGAACACAAGUGCGUUUUUUAAUUUUGUAGUUGGCUAGACAUAAAACAUCAUUACACUUGACUUUCGAAAUAAUUAUAUAGGUUAUGGGGUCAUGGUUUAAUUUAUUAUUUGUUGCUUCAAUGCCUGUUUUGAAGGUUCUUUUGAUUACUGCAUUAGGUUUAUUUCUUGCUUUAAAUCGGAUCGACAUAUUGGGAGAGGCGGCCACAAAUCACCUCAACAAGGUUGUGUUUUUCGUAUUCGGUCCCGCGUUAGUGGGUAGCAACUUGGCAAAAACGGUAACAUUUGAAAGCUUUCUUACCCUAUGGUUUAUGCUAGUAAACAUUCUGAUUACAUUUCUGAUAGGCUCAACAAUGGGUUGGGUGCUUGCUAAAGUUACAAAAGCUCCAAAGCACAUUAAAGGUCUCAUAUUGGCCUCUUGUUCUGCUGGGAAUCUUGGUAACUUGCCUAUCAUAAUUCUCCCUGCAAUCUGCAAAGAAAAAGGCAGUCCUUUUGGAGAACCUAAUAUUUGCGAGCGCUAUGGUCUUGCUUAUGCUUCACUUUCCAUGGCGAUUGGGAGCAUAUACUUUUGGUUGUAUGCCUACAACAUUGUUAGAAUCUCCUCGAAGGAAGUGAAAGCAAAUGAAGGGGAAACAUCAGCGAAUGUCCCGGUAGAUGAAGCAGAACCAAAUCCACCCUUACAUUCUUCAAUCUAUUCCCUUGAUGCUCCGCGCCUCUCCAACUCCUCUACUAAAUAUGUGCAGGUUACAUUAUCAUCAAGGAUAAAGCAACGAUUAACAAAUAUCUCCAAGGAAUUGAAUCUCAAGGCAGUAUUAGCACCUUCAACAAUUGGAGCGAUUGUUGGGUUCAUCAUCGGGAUGAUAUCUCCAUUUCGUAGGCUGCUCAUGGACAAUAAUGGUCCUCUCCAUGUUAUUGGAGACACAGGUUUCAUGAUCGGAGAUGCAGCCAUCCCAUGUACAACAUUAAUACUCGGGGCAAAUCUCUUGAGAGGGUUAAAGGGAUCAGGAAUUCAAUCUACAACUAUUAUAGGAAUAAUAGUAGUUCGAUACAUAUUUCUUCCCCUACUGGGCAUUCUAAUUGUUAAGGGCGCUGUUUUUGCUGGUUUCGUGCAAUCUCAUGAUAUAUUCUUUCAGUUUGUUCUUCUGCUUCAAUAUUCGCUCCCUCCGGCAGUGAGCAUUGGAACAGUAACAGAGCUAUUUGGAGCAGGUCAGAAUGAAUGUUCAGUCAUCAUGCUAUGGACUAAUGUUCUGGCACCAGUUAUGCUCACUCUCUGGUGCACCUUCUACCUUUGGCUCCUGUCUUAAGGACUCGCACUGUAGUUCUUUAGAGUGCCGUAGUGCACAUGGUUCGCAACGGGAUCAGUAGAUAUCAUCAUCAGCAACAUGUACUAAUCUACUAAAGAAAACACAAAUUUCGUGAUACGAGUUUACUUGACCAUUUUACUCUGUACCCCUACAACACAGUUUGUGCUGUAUGUUUACCUUGCAAUCUUGGAUACAUAUAAUAUAAUGCAAACAGUAUAUAUGACUUGUUCAAACAGAACAGGAUACAUUUGUGAGAGACGCGUCAUACUUAGUGAAUUUAGCAAAAUUA